CAGAGAGCGGACAAAUCUCUCCGCAAAAGGUAUCGCUCUCACGCGCUGCUGAUGCAGCCGCGCGCGCGCGCGUGCGCAGGAGGUUCCCCCCCCUUUCGCGGGUUGGUCGACUAACUCUGCAGCAGCAGCAGCGACGCAUCUCGUCGGCUCGCUCAGCCAACCACUGAGCGUGCGGGCGACAGAAGACGUGAAAGUCGCGGAUGACUAUAGCUGGAGUGUGGUGCUCUUGUCCGGCACCCUCGUCAGUGCCUCUUGAGUCCCUGCUCUACGCCACCACCAUCGCCGCCGUCGCGUGACAAAUACCACCCACCCGUUACACAUCCAUUGCACCCCCUCACCCCACCUCCCCCUCCCCCCUCCCCACACACAAACAAGAUGGCGUCUUCUUGGAGGGACAAUCUGCCUCUAGAGACGAUGGCCAAGGAGAGGCAGAAUCCUCCCUUUAACGUUCGAGCCAUGUCCAUCGCUCAGCACGGCACGGAAAAGGAGCUGCUGUUAAAGGAAAAGUUCAUGCUGGAAAUUUCUAGAGAUCCCAUCUUCUACAUGGGCGAUGUGCACGACUUGACCAAGGAUCAGUUGCGCGAGCGCACCAUGGCCAAGAUUGGAAGUCUGGUGCACUGCGUUCAAAACGAGAGCAUCGAGCAUUUCACCAAGCGCAUGGAAUUGAUCGGUUUGUUCGACCCCGGCUUCUGGACUCGUUUCGGGGUGCACUAUGGUCUUUUCCUCGGCGCUAUCCGAUCGGGCGCCACUGCAAACCAAUUCUCCUACUGGAUGGAAAAGGGCGUCGUCUCUUGCAAGGGCAUGUACGGCUGCUUCGGCAUGACCGAGCUCGCACACGGUUCCAACGUCGCUGGUCUCGAAACAACUGCCACGUUCGACGAACAGACGGACGAAUUCGUCGUUCAUACGCCCAACAUUGGUGCCACCAAGUGGUGGAUCGGAGGUGCUGCUCAGACCGCCACGCACUGCUCCGUCUUUGCGCAGAUGAUCAUUCGCGGCAAGAAACACGGUGUCAAGACGUUCAUCGUGCCUCUUCGUGAACCGCAGUCCUUUCAACUCUUGCCAGGCAUCAACAUUGGUGACAUUGGCAAAAAGAUGGGUCGCGAUGGCAUCGACAAUGGCUACAUUCAAUUCACAAACGUGCGCAUUCCCCGCGCAUACAUGCUCAUGAAGCACACGCAAGUCACGCGAGAGGGACAAGUGUUCGAACCGCCCAUGCAGCAGCUCAGCUACGUGGCGCUGCUUCAAGGUCGCGUGUCGAUGGUGGUGGACACUGCCAACACUGCCAAAAAGGCCCUCACGAUUGCGGUGCGGUAUGCUGCCGUCAGGAGACAGUUCAAGAGCUCGGCCGAGCAGGAGCACGAGACGCCCAUUCUCGAUUACCUGCUCCACCAACGCCGUCUCAUGCCCCUCGUCGCGCAGGCCACCGCUUUCGCCUUUACCGCGCUCAACUUGACCAAGAUGUUCGAAGAGACGAGCGCAUCCCUGGAAGCCAUGGAGCCUGGACCUGAAAUGGAUCGCGCGCUGGAGCAGCUAAAGAGCACGCACAUUUCAUCCAGCGGUCUCAAGGCGCACUGCGUCUGGCAGACGCUCGAAGCGAUCAAGCAAGCGCGUCUUGCCUGUGGUGGACACGGCUACUCUUCCUACAAUGGUUUCGCAUCCAUGGAGGCAGACUUUGCUGUGCACGCGACGUGGGAAGGAGACAAUCACAUUCUCGCCCUGCAAUCCGGAAGGUCCCUCGUCCAGUCGUACCUCGAAGCGCUAGAGGGCAAGAAAUCGGGCGAUGCGACGGAUUAUCUCAACGAUCUCGACAAUGUCCUCAAGCGCAAGUGCAAGGGAGGCGAUGCGCUGCUCGACUUGAAGCACAUUGAAGAGGGUUGGGGCACGGUGACUGCUCACGCCGUCAAAAAGGCCGGCGAGGAUUACCAAUCGCACAUCAAGGCUGGCAAGUCCAAGGAGCUGGCAUUCGAAGAGGCCAGUCAAUCGCGCUUCGUCGCUGCCAUGGUGCACGUCAGCGGCUUCAUCUUCCGUCAAUUCAAGCAGGCCGUCGAUCGCAUGGAGGACAAGGGCGAUGGCGUAAAGGAGCACUUGACCCGUCUGGCGGUGUUUUACGGCUUGUGGCGCAUGGAGGAGCAGGGAAGCUUCUUUUUGCGAUCCGGCUGGCUCAGCCCUGCCGAUUUCGACGCUGUGCAAGCCAAGGUGACGGACUUUUGCGCGGAUACCAGAAAGUACGUCAUUCCACUGGUGGACAGCUGGUCCAUCAGCGACCACGUCCUCAACUCUCCCAUUGGCAGGUGGGAUGGCGACAUCUACAGGGCUUACUUUGGACGCGUCAGACAGCAGAAUCCUCAGCUCAAGGCUCAUCCCUACUUUGAAAAGCUCAUCAAGCCCUUCUUGUUCAGACCCGACAUUGAGCUGGAGGAUUACGACGAGGCGAUUGGUAUCGACGAUGAGAUUACGGAAAUUCAAGAGGAGCGCGAAGAGGCUGCUGCCGAGGCCAAGGAGGCUGCCGAGGCUGCCAAGAAUGAAAAGUAGGGCGGGCGAGCGGGCGUGUCUCUCUCUUCUCUCUCUCUCUCUCUCCCCCUCCGUACUGUUUGAUCCCCGAGCGAGCUACGAGUGUCGCUUGCUCGACCUUUAUUAAUAUCACGAGUGUCGAUGUG